CACCAGUCUUAUUAUUUUUUUAAGCUUUUUUUUUUGUUUUCACGAAGCGGCACCACGAUGGAAGACGAUGAUCAAAAACAACAAUUAUUAACAGCUAUUUGGUACUCGGUCAAUGAGAUAGCAAAACAUGAAGCACAAUCAUUAGGAAAAGAAGUCUCUGAAGCCUUUGUAGCUUCAUUAGCAGAGAUAGUACUUGAACAAAUGCAAACCAUGGCAAUGGACCUAGAAGCCUUUGCAACACAUGCAAGACGUGCUGUUAUAUCUAUGGACGAUGUGAAGCUGUGUGCUCGACGUAAUGAUAGUCUGUAUGCCAUGAUCUCAGAAGCAGCCAAAGACAUUCAGGAAGAAGCAAGCAGUAAACGAAAAAAGAAAUAACGGUUUAUUGAAUAAAAUUACAAGAGUUUAUGA